UUAUUUAAACAUUUUCAGAGGAAAUAAUGUAGUGAAUUGCGUUCAGAGAACAAAGAAUUAAUUAUUAAGCACGUAGAAGUUACCGAAAAAUAAAAAUGAGAAUAAUUUUAAGUGUUGCCUGUUUCCUGGGGGUGUGUUUUGCCCGCCCACAGGCUGAGGAGAUACGCCCACCCCUCUCCUCCUACCUAUCCUGCGGAAAACUAUUUUACAGAACUGUGCAUAUGGACGAAGCAAGGAACUCGUUGUAUGUUGGAGCAAUGGACCGGGUUAUAAAGGUGAAUCUGAACAACGUCUCUGAAACUAACUGUGACUCCAACAGUCUUCUUCUGGAACCAAGCAAUGUCGGCAGCUGUGUUUCAAAGGGCAAAUCUGAGAAUUAUGAUUGUCGGAAUCAUAUUCGAGUCAUCACGCCAAUAGGAGAUGGAGAAAUGCUUUAUGUUUGCGGAACAAAUGCGCAUAAUCCCGCGGAUUUGGUUGUUUUCGCAAACCUUACUAACCCAGGAAGCCAACAUAUUCCAGGGAUUGGAAGUGGUAUCGGGAAGUGUCCCUUUGAUCCUGAAGAUAACAGUACCGCUAUAUGGGUGGAGAACGGAAAUCCAGGUGGACUAGCCGCGCUAUACUCAGGAACUAACGCGGAGUUUACUAAAGCUGAUUCUGUUAUAUUCAGAACAGAUCUUCAUAAUCCAAACUCAGGUAGGAGAAUUGCUGUAGAGUACAUGAACUGUGGGAAAGGAAUUUUCUCAAGGAUUGCUCGAGUUUGUAAACGAGAUACAGGUGGAAAGAAUAUACUGCUACAGAACUGGGCAACCUACCUUAAAGCAAAACUUAACUGUUCCAUACCAGGAGAGUUUCCGUUUUAUUUCAAUGAGAUUCAGAGUGUUUACAAGAUUCCGGACGAUGAUACAAAGUUCUACGCUGUAUUUACCACUGGGUUAAAUGGUCUCCACGGUUCCGCUGUCUGUACUUUUGAUUUGGAGGCGGUGCAUUCAGCGUUCAACGGGAAAUUCAAGGAGCAAGCCACUAGUACCUCUGCCUGGUUACCUGUACCCUUGAGUAAAGUUCCUGAACCAAGACCAGGCUCCUGUGUAGAGGACACCAGGGAGUUACCGGAUCGUGUUCUCAACUUCAUGAGAUCUCAUCCUUUAAUGGACGACGAGGUGGACCACGAGGGCGGAGAACCGGUUUUCUAUAAACGAAACGUCGUCUUUACUCAUCUUGUUGUGGAUAAAAUAUCAACAGGUAGAAAAUACAUAUGUGCUUUAGCAAUGAACUCUAUCUAUCUAUCUAUCCAGGGAACUGUUGAGGGUGAACCUAUCCGUGCAAUGGAGAUCUCCAGGAGGAAGCGUAUGCUCUACAUCACCUCGGACAACGGGAUCAGGCAGAUUAACCUCAACAUGUGCUCCGCCAGGUAUGAGAGCUGCCUGCAAUGUAGCCUGGACCCUAUGUGUGGAUGGGAUAGAGAGAGAGGAGUCUGCUCCGGGUACACAUCCACCCUACUCUCAGAUCCAACCCGGAGCAAGGACGGACUCUGUGAUUCUUCAAUCUUUAAGAGAAAGUUGAUUGCUAACUUUGGUCAAAGUAUUCAUCUCUCCUGUUCUGUAGGGAAGAGUGCUGUAACCUCAGAUUCUGGUGUUGAGUGGCAUCACUACAGCAAAACAAAGGGAAGGUACAGGGUAGAGUUGAGGACUGAGAAGCAUGUACUCACCAAUGACAACGGUCUGGUGGUUAUCAGUGUUAGUGACCAGGACAGUGGCAGGUGUACACCACACUAAACUAAGCUAGGGGGGAAGGUGAAACAGGCUGAAAUAGGAACUGUAAAAAGUCUCGCCGCGCCAUUAAAGUUGAUACUGGGUCGACAAAGGAUAAGUCGCGCAUCACAAAGACCGGUACAAAUUUACCUGAGUCCGUCGUGACAGUACAUACAAUACUUACAGGGACUGUAAUUGUUAUUUCAAGUGAACCUCCAGGCAAA